UCUCUCUUUCUCCACACAUCCUCCCCCACAUUAUAACAGCUUAGCGCGGCAGUAGUAGGUCCUGCAGCAUCCAGCAGCCAGCAUCCCUCUGUCCCUGCGUGGGGAGCAGCAGUCCUACCCGGCGCGACACCGUGUGAGUGAUGCCACAGCAUCAUCCGCAUUUCGACGCGAAAUAAUCGAGAGUAAAAUCCCGCAAAGGAGAGCUCGGGGUGAAGGGAAAUUUUGCUUCAGCCUCGAGGACGGCAACUGCCCAUGAAGAUGUCUAACGCUGACACCGUCUUAAACCCCACCGAUCGGGUGGUAAAAUCUGUCCCCUUCCCCUUGAGCCACCGCCUUACAAUGAAGGAAGUGUUCGACUGUGAAGGCAAACCUCGCGUAGAUCUGCUGAAGGCUCACCUGACCAAGGAGGGCCGUGUGGAGGAAGCUGUAGCGCUUCGAAUCAUCAAUGAGGGAGCAGCCAUCCUCCGUCAGGAGAAAACUAUUCUCGACAUUGAGGCACCAGUCACAGUCUGUGGGGACAUCCACGGUCAAUUCUUUGAUCUUAUGAAGUUGUUUGAAGUGGGAGGAUCGCCAGCCACAACACGGUACCUGUUCCUCGGGGACUAUGUUGACCGUGGCUACUUCAGUAUUGAGUGUGUUUUAUACCUUUGGUCGCUGAAAAUCCUCUAUCCAAAGACACUAUUUUUACUUCGUGGAAAUCAUGAAUGUAGACAUUUGACAGAAUAUUUCACCUUCAAACAAGAAUGUAAAAUCAAGUACUCAGAGCAGGUGUAUGACUCAUGUAUGGAUGCAUUUGACUGCCUUCCUUUGGCUGCACUCAUGAACCAGCAGUUUUUGUGUGUCCAUGGAGGACUCUCACCUGAAAUACACACCUUAGAUGACAUUAAAAAGUUGGAUCGGUUCAAAGAGCCACCAGCGUUUGGGCCCAUGUGUGACCUGCUCUGGUCUGAUCCUCUGGAAGACUUUGGAAAUGAGAAAACCCAGGAAUACUUCAGCCACAACACAGUGCGAGGUUGCUCCUACUUCUACAGUUAUCCAGCUGUUUGUGAGUUCCUACAGAGCAAUAACCUAUUAUCAAUUAUCCGAGCACAUGAAGCACAAGAUGCUGGUUACCGGAUGUACCGUAAAAGUCAGACAACUGGAUUCCCAUCCCUCAUAACCAUCUUCUCUGCGCCAAAUUACCUGGAUGUUUACAACAAUAAAGCUGCUGUACUGAAAUAUGAAAAUAACGUCAUGAACAUUCGACAGUUCAACUGCUCGCCACACCCCUACUGGCUGCCCAACUUCAUGGAUGUCUUUACUUGGUCCCUGCCAUUUGUUGGAGAAAAAGUCACUGAAAUGUUGGUGAAUGUGUUAAGCAUCUGCUCUGAUGAUGAACUCAUGAAUGAUGAAGAUGAGAUAUUUGAUGCCAAUGCAGCCGCGGCUCGCAAAGAGGUGAUCAGAAACAAGAUCCGUGCUAUUGGAAAAAUGGCCAAAAUGUUCUCAGUUCUCAGAGAGGAGAGUGAAAAUGUGUUGACGCUUAAGGGCCUGACGCCCACUGGCAUGUUGCCAAGUGGGGUUCUCUCUGGAGGCAGACAGACACUGCAGAGUGCCACCAUUGAAGCCAUUGAAGCCAUCGAGACGCAUGAUGAGGACAGAGAAGCUAUUCGUGGGUUCUCCCCCCAGCACAAGAUCACCAGCUUCGAGGAGGCUAAGGGCUUAGACCGCAUCAAUGAGCGCAUGCCACCUCGCAAGGAUGGGGUGAACCACGUGGGGCACUCCAUGGGCAAGAUGAAUAUGUCGGAGGCAAACGGCACAGAAGACAACAGCAACAUCCAGUAAUGUGUUCUCUGAGCCACGGAAACUGUGCCGCUGUUACAGUCAUGCAGGAAGACUUUGCUUAAUGGGAAAUUCAGGCCUCAGAACACAGAAAUCUAACAGGCCUACCGCUCGAACAUGAAACCUGCAGCAAAUCUAAACACUGGGCGAAAAGGUCAUUUAUUUCAUGACGGCAUGUCUUUGCACUGUUAGGGGGCGGGGGGAGCUGGGGUUCACAGCAAAGGGGCAGGGAUACAGAGAGACCCACAAGCUGCAGCAAAGAAGUGCUUUUGGAAGUUGUGUCCGACUGUAGUUCCCUUUCUCAAUUCGAUUACAGACUGAAUUGUUGGGAGUUAUUUUGCUGCAAGUGCUGACACACGUGUGCUCCUUCAUUGCAGGGCCUGACAGAAGACAUGAGUGCAGUAUCCAUAUCACAUAAUGUUUUAUAAAGUAUUUAUUAUGAAUCACUCACAAAUGCGCAUCAAAAGGAGAAUUAUCUACUUUAUCUUAUUGUUUUUGCUAGUAUUAGGUCACGUCACUUUGGGAGGGACAACACAGAAAGGAAAAAGAGACGCAAAUAUGUAAAUGUAUGUACCUCUUUGAACUCUGCAGCACGCCAUCUUACGGGUGAACUUAAAUUUAUUGAUUUACCUUGUUGUAAGAUGCUGCCAACCUGCUGAGAAAAAAAGAAGACGGGGUUCUCAUGUCACGGACAAAUCCACUGCAGACCCAGAUCCACCUUGGAUAUGUCUUAGUAACCUCCGGCAUUCCUUCUCUCCUCGA